AUGCAGGGCGGCGGCGUGCGCGCCUCGCGCGUCUUAGUCAAGUGGGAGGGGCUGCCGCCCGAGGAGGGCACGUGGGAGCCUCGCAAGCACCUGCACCCCGAGGCGCUCGCUGAUUUCGAGUGGGGUCGCGCGCUGCCGUUCGCGCUGUUCGAGCUGCUCGAGCUCGCGCCGCACGCGCCGCUGGAGGAGCGCGUCGUGCUCGGCACCAUCGCCUGCUGGGCGAGGGAGGACGAGGAGGCGGGCGACGAGGCGCUCUUCCGCUGCAGACACGACGACGGCGACCAAGAGGACCUCGACGAGGGGGAGGCGGUCGAGGGCGUGGCUUGCUACCGCGCCCU